AAGGCGACGACACACACACAGAGAGAGGCAAGGGACGGAGAGGGCGAGGACGCCAGCCGCAGUGGGCGCGCCACAAGCGGAGCGGGGGGCGCACGCACGCACGCGACUCUCCCGAGAUCCAAGACCCGCGAGAUCCGCUUGCCCUCGUCGCCAGCCAGAGCCCGGAGCGGAUACGUGUCCAUGGCGGCCGGAGAGGAGCAAGAAGAGUUCUUUGACUCCAGGGAGGUGCUGUCGCCGGCGUCCGUCUCGUCGUCGCCGUCGAGUUCCGGUCGCCACGACGACGGCGGGUGGCUCUUCGCCCAGCAGCUGCUCGAGGUCUGGGUCCGGGACCCGGGCAGCGUCCACGAGCGCCGCCAGAGGUUCGUCAAGUCCCUGGGCCUCAUGGAUCCGAGCCCCCACGGCGCGCGGCCCGGCGAGGAGACGUGCUCGAGGCCUGAGGCCAGAGAAGAAAUCCUACCGGCAAGCCCCAGCACCGAGCUGUUCUCGGCCGUCCCUACCUUUGCGAGCAUGGGAGGGGAGCCGACAGCCUCCGGCGGCGACGGCGCUGGCACGGAAGAGGAGCCGGAGUGCGUGUUCAAGAACCUGGACGAUGGCACAGUGUUCGUGGUCGACGAGAUGGGAAAGGACGGGAGCUUCCGGAGCCUCAGGGAGAGGCUCUCCAACCGGACAGUAACAGCUGCAGAAUUCGAGCAGGCCUUUGGCUCAUCACCUUUCAUCCGUGAGCUGAUGAGGAGGGUGGACGAUUCCGACGAACCCUCCACCCCGGAGAAGACUGUGCUGAGGAGAAGGAGGCGGCGGCGGAUUGGGUGGCUACGAAGGCUGGGCAUCGGUGUCUGUGUUGUCGACGCCGACGCAGAGGAGGAAGACGAUGAGGUCAAUUCGACAUCAUCCACUUCUUCCCGGGGUUGCUCUAGGAAGGUUGAUAGGGUCAAGGUGAGACCUUACAAGAAGCGGUCAAAGGAAUUAUCUGCAGUGUACAAGGGCCAAGUCAUCAAGGCACAUGAAGGUGCUAUUGUGACCAUGAAGUUCAGCUCCGAUGGCCAGUUGCUGGCUACUGGAGGUGAGGAUGGGGUUGUCCGCGUUUGGCGGGUGGUGGAAGGCAAGAGGCCUGAUGACCGUCAUUUUGUUGACGAUGAUCCUUCAUGUGUGUUCUUCACUGUCAAUGAAAAUUCUGAAUUGGCUCCCAUCAAUUCCUGCGAAGGGGGUAAGGGCAAGCACAAUAACAGCUCAAAGGUGGCUACUGAUCCAGCUUGUGUUGUGAUUCCUCACCAGACCUUUGCGCUAUCCGAGGACCCUGUGCAUGAAUUCCGUGGGCACCAUGAUGCCAUCUUGGAUCUUUCAUGGUCAAAAAAUAGGGAAUUGCUUUCUGCGUCCAAGGACAAAACUGUUCGAUUAUGGAAAGUUGGGUGCGAUAGCUGCCUGAAGGUUUUCUCCCAUAAUAACUAUGUGACAUGUGUACAGUUUAAACCUACCAAUGACAAUUAUUUCAUCAGUGGUUGUAUUGACGGGAUGGUACGUAUUUGGGAUGUUCCUAGAUGCCUAGUUGUGGACUGGGCUGACAGCAAAGAGAUAAUUACAGCAGUUUGUUACCGUCCUGAUGGAAAGGGUGCAGUGGUUGGGACAAUAACAGGAAACUGCCAUUGCUAUGAAGCAUCAGAAAACCAUCUAGCACUGGAGUCACAAGUCCCCCUGUAUGGCAGAAAGAAAUCUCCACUUAAAAGAAUAGUUGGAUUCCAGUAUUGCCCAUCUGAUCCAAAGAAACUGAUGGUGACAUCUGGUGACUCACAAGUUCGCAUUCUCGAUGGGGCUCAUGUCGUUUCCAGCUACAAAGGAUUACGAAGUCCAAGUCAAGUCCCUGCAGCAUUUACACCAGAUGGAGAUCACAUUAUUGCUGCUAGCGAUGACUCUAGUAUCUAUAUGUGGAAUUAUGCAAACCAACUUGCCCCAGUCACGAGCCGUGUGAAAACCGUAUGGUCAUAUGAGCACUUCUUCUGCAAUGACGUGUCCGUUGCAAUACCAUGGAACGCCUUGCCUGCAAGGAGUUCUAUUUCUCUUGCUUGCAACAUCCCCCUUUCACGGCAAGAGGUCUCUGAGGAGCUCCACAACUCGCAAGAGUCUGUGUCAUGCUGCAGUGCUGAAGGCUCACCUAAAGCUGAUAGCUCGUGCCGGCUGCCAUCCGGCAAUUUCACUCUUAGCAAUGCAUUCUCCGCGGAGUUGGCACCAAGGGGGAAAGCAACAUGGCCAGAAGAGCAGCUGCCAUCAUCUGAUUCAGUGACACCGUCGUCGUCGUCUGCUUUGCGUAAAUCUCAGUAUAAGUUCCUGAAGACUUCUUGCCAGAGUGCCGCCACGCAUGCCUGGGGCCAGGUCAUAGUCACUGCAGGUUGGGAUGGAAACAUCAGGUCGUUCCAGAACUAUGGUUUACCUAUGCAAGUGUGACACAUGGUACAAGACAUGCAUCUCUUUGCUAAUUGCUUGGUCAGUGGGGUAUCCCAGGAAUGGCAGACGAGAAGUCGCUUGCGGAACUUUUACGCCUCCAGGAACUUGGUUUGCUGAAGGGCGACGCCCCGUCCAGAUUAUGGUUACAGUACAAAGAGUUUACAUGGGUGUGUGGCUGUGCUGUGUUGCUCGUGGACCAGAAGUUGUAUGUAGUCCAGUGGUCCUGCGAGAUCUCGGCGGCACAUUGCGAGAGAAGGGCCGGGGAAGAUGGAUCCCCUCGCAGACCCAACUAACUUUGCGCGAAGAGUGGUUGUAUGGCUGCAAUUUCAUUGCAUUGCUGUUUGCUGCUUUUCUUUGUUUUGGCCUCCCUUUGGGGGGAUCUGCAGUAAAUAUAUAUAGAGUGGAUGGAUGAACAUAUUUUGUUUGCUCGAUUGAGUUCCCCUCGCCCUGAUGCAAGGCGAGCGGGGGAGGUAGUUGAGAUCACUGUUGGAUAGGGAUGCACAUACUGGAUUCAUUUCAUUUGUUCAUCACAUCA